AUGCGAUCAAAGAGAACGAAUCAGGGGAAAAUGAAAAUGAAAAGGGAAAACUCUAAAAGUAAAAACAACGGAAAAAUCGAGAAAAUAAAAAGAGAAAAAUCGAUCAUACCUUUGGAAUUCGAGGGCUUGGAGGAGAAGAAGAGGGAGGAGCUUGCCGUCGCCCAUGUUUGCUGGAGCUUGAAGGUGAACAGAGAGAUCCACAAUGAUUCGAAGAAGAACAAGAAAGAGAAGAAGGAGCCAGAUCUCAGUGAAAAUUUGGGGUUGCAGGAUGAAACUCGUGAUAAACUUGGUGCAGAGUUCCACAAGAAGUUGGAUUUGAAAGAUGAGGAUGAAAGGGUAGCUGAAAAUGAGAAGAAAGAUUCGGACUUUGUAGCUGGUAGUGAGGAAUUGGGUGAUGAAGGUGGUUAUACCCCGGAAAUAGGUGAAGCACAAGAGAGUGAUGAUAAUGAUGGUUGGGAUGAUGAUGAGGGUUAUGGCUGGAAUAAGAAUGUGAAAGAGAGUGAGAUUGAUAAGGUAAGUGGAGAUUUUGAUGUUGAUGGUGAUAGUAAUGGUGAUGAUGAAGUUCAAGUUGAAGGUGAUGAAGAAGUGGAGAAGAAGAAAGAUAGAAGCAGUGGUAGAGUUUAA